AUGUCCUCCCAAGUCACAAGCAACGACAAAGACUCGACGAGAGUGCUCUUAACAGAAGAGCAAGCUCAGAAUCUGCGGAGAUGCGUAGAGAUACUCAGUCCUGUUGUCAAAGACCUGGUUGAAGACGCCCUGAAGGCCUGUCUUUUCUUCGACAUUUUCAUGCUGAUACUGCGUCAUUGGACGUUAUUUCUCACAAUCUUCAGUGUGCACUGGAUGAAGUACGGAAGAUAUAUCCCAGGGUCUCCGGCGAUCUUGGCCCAUGCUGUGAUCAAAUUUGAGGCCUGUAACGGGGCAAGCCCGGAAAUUCACCAAAAACUAUUUCCCAUUGCCAAGGAAACCUUCGAUUAUCUGAGCGAGGCGAAAUCCGAGUGCGACUAUGAAGAAUACAACAGACUCAAUCCCAUUCAAUUAUUCGCGCCUGGACCUGUGUUCAGUGAAGCGGUCACGCAGGAGCUAGAGGCAUACCGAUAUUUUACAGACAGGGGCAUGAUUUGA